AUGGUCCUGGAACGAGCUUCUAAAAUCAGGCAAGAAAUGGAAAAGAUGGAGAAACUACACAAUGAGAAAACUCAGAAAAUUGAGAAACGAAUUAGAUAUCUUGAAGGAUGGAUAUGUUGCAGUUUCUUGUCAAUCAAGGAAACAAUUACUUCUUUUGAGCAUGGUGAAGUAAUGUAUGCAUUACUGAACAAUGACGAAGAAAAGGUUUGGGAUAUUGUAUCCUCAAAAUCAGAAGCAAAUGAGUUAUGCCAAGCUUUCGCUAUUUCAGUCAAUUUAGACCUAGAUGUUGAUUCUUUUAAAAAAAAGGUUGUUGAAGAAUUGAAACAAAGACUUGAGCCCCUUCGCAAGUUUUUAAAUCACUAA